GAUGAAACAACUCAACUACAUCUUUCAAUGACUUUUAGUGGGCUUGACGAUCCGCCUACGGACUCAAACAAUCCUCCUGCGCCGCCCUGUGUUUCGAUUCACACAACCGGGCUUCCUUGUCGAUGUUGGAUGAGGGAACACCAAAUACGGAAUCGAUGUGUGGUGGCCAAUGUGAGAUUGUAUUGCAUCGUUCCACAGGCCGUCAAAUGACUUGUUCGAGCGUAUCAAGUGUACGUUCCAUCGCGUAUGAUGCUCUCCGUAUGUCAUACACUUCUUUCCUUCCUUUGCAUUUUUUUCUUUCGAAUUUGGGUUUCUCUACACUGCUAGCGAAGAUCUUUCUCCUUUACCUGUUUGACGCCGAACCUACUUUACCGCCUGUCACGACUUGCCCCAGUUUAGUCAAUAACGAUAUAACCAAUAACAGUCAAACAGACUUCCAAAGCAUCCGCGGUGGAUUGGAGAAGUUGAAGCAUUCUAGUACUUGGUCCGUAGGUCCGCAGAAGGGUCAAACCUUCGAGCCUACAUAUACGAGUAAAACUAAGCGACCCAACUGUUCAAAGACAUACUUAUCCACUUUCUACGGAAAGCCAAGCAGUCCGAUGCCCGGCCAAUGAAGGCAUCGCCUCUCUCGUAUCGACCAUGCGUGUAGUUCCGGAUGCGGCGGGAGGAUUGUAGGUGGACAUAAAAACGGGUCAAUUUUCUAAGCAUGCCGGAAUUCGGCCGAGUAUUGGAGUAAGCGAUCAGGCAGGCUAAAGACUAGGAAGUAUAUGGUAGGUGUCACCUACUCUCACUUGUGUGACUCUUACCGUGUUCGCCCUAUUUCCACCAGUGCCGCUCCUUCUGUUCACAGACUCACUCUGGACACGAC